AUGUCGUCGCCUCCCCUGCGGCCGCCCCAACCAGGAUUCCCCCUUCGCGCUCGACUGCGGGCAGCUGGGGACCGGAUUGGCAGACGGCCUGCUCCGGCGGUGCGCCACAGAGACGACCCCCCUGCCUCCUCGGGCGCGGGCCCUGCCUUGCGGGCCCUGUUUCGGGGUGACGUCCUCGCCCUCGUCUUCGUCUUCGCCUCGUCUCUGCCUGUGGCGCUGCGGUGGUGUGUUCACGCGCUGCCAUUUUCCGGCGGCAUCAGCGACUCGGAUGGCCGACGACUGCCGGACAAAGGACCGCGUCAGACACCGAGGGCUUCAGUGGGAACGCCUCGCCCAAGCACGCUCACGAGCAUCCUCGGGCGCGCCGCCCGCGGGGCCGGUGGCGCGACAGCAUGCUUGCGCACGCGGCCGUCGGGUGCGAUCCAGCGCUGUGGCUGCUCUUGGGGUAGCGGGCUGCAAUGGAUUUGGCGGACGCUGCGGGAGCAGGGGCUGCGAGCUGGGAUGGACGCGGAUUCUCGGGCAGGCCGGACGAGGCUUGAGGAGAGUAGCCAGGGGCCCAAAGGGAACGAAGGGGAGAGGAGAGUAGAUGCGUCUGCGUGGAACCAGCUAGAUGCGCACCUUUGA